GCGCCCUUUUCAUUGGUCGAUUCCAUGCGUCUGUUGGAUGUCUUUUGUAUGAAGGACCAAUCAACUCCACGUAUACAUAAAAGAUGAGAUUAAUGUGUGUUUACAAUUUGAAAGCGUAGCUUGUAAAAGUACAACGAAAAAUGUUGCCAAAACUAACCGACAAAGACGCUCAAAAAAUUAAAGAAAUUGACCAGAGUGUGGCAAAUAAAUGGAAAUUUGAAUGGCUGGACGUUCUAGUUCAGAUAUCCAAAGGAACAGAGCAAUGCGAUGUUCGUAUCGGUGACUGUUUCGAGAAAGUAUCGUUAGCUUGUCAAGCUCAUUGCAAAGUGUGUGACAAAGUGACAAAUUAUGGCUCAAGAGGGGUCGUAUCGCUCAAAGAGCACAUCAAAAGCACAAAACAAGUCAAAAUGCAUUUCGAGUCAAGGAAAUGUUACAAGGUAUGUAAAAUUACUAGAAGUGUGUGUAUUACCGAUUUUGAAAUGGAAUACUUCAAUAUAUAUAAUACUAUAUUCUAUAAGGUGAAGUUUAGGCCUUUUGCAAUUGUAUUAAUGUUUAUUUUUGCAGGUUGAUACGAUGCUCAAGCAAUAUGCAGGCGAGCCGCAACCAGAUACAGAGAAAAGCGUGCAUGAACCGGUAGCUGUCCCCAUGUGUGAUAGGAUUUCAAAUGCUGAGGCAACUACAUUGGCUGUUGCCGCAGAACAUGGCAUGCCAUUGUCGUAUGUUCCAAUCCUAAUUGGCCUGGCAAAAUCUCUUGCAAAGGAUCCAAAGGCCCUUGCUGAGGUGAAAUUAGAUAGGACAGCGGCAGCCUACAAGACGAAGUAUGGUCUGGCAGAAGGUUUCCACCAAAAACUAAUGACUAAAUUAAGACAAAAUUCAUUUUCAAUCAAUCUAGAUGAAGCCACCAGUUCAAACAGGAAGAAAGUAUUGACAAUGUUGGUGUCAUUCUAUGAUGAUGAGGUUGGCCAAGUGAAGAUAGAACAUUUGGCCUCUGUUGAAAUUAAGAAGACUGAUUCAGACACUGUCUUCAAGGAAGUAGUUAAAGUCAUAGAAGGAAAUGAAAUCCCUUGGAAAAAUUUGGUGUCAGUAUUGAUGGACUCAUGUGGAGUUAUGAGGGGCAACAAGAAUGGCGUCGAAACCAGACUUCGACUGGAAAAGGCCCCACAUCUCCUUGAUGUUGAUGGUGAUUCCUGCCACCACAUGCAUAAAUGCUCCAAAAAACUGUGUGAGCCUUUCACGAGGUACCUAGAAUCAUUAUUUAAUGAUGUACGUGCAGACUUCCAGUACUGCUCGGAGUAUGCAGAAAUGUUAGCUCAGAUCUGUGCAGUCAUAGGCGUGACUUACUGCAAACCAGCGAGGUUUAUUCCUCACAGAUGGUUGUCUGCCUAUGAUUUGUCAGUACAGACAACAAUGCUGCUCGAUGCAUAUGUCCUCUUCUACUACAGCUUCAUGAAGAAUGAGGAUAGACAAACCUACAAAGAAGUGGUGGAUCAAAUACUUUCGGGCAGAGGAGUACACAAAGAAGGACAAAGAAAACUGAAAGACAUUCAAGAACGAAUUGCAGCAAAGAAAAUGACUUAA